AUGGCGAUGAAGCGCCGCUCCGUGCUGGCUUUGCUCGUCGUCGCCUUCGUCGGAGGGAACCUGCUCCUCGGGGCCUCGUUUAGCGCCAGAAGCACGGUGAAGUCCUCAGCCUCAGACCCGGACUAUGGAACUGCUGAGCUAAACGGCAGGAGACUAAAGGAAAGUGGACAAGAUGUUACUAACAGGAAGACUAGGGACUUACAAGAUGUAAAGGCUGAUGACUACCAACCUAUUGACCCAAGUCCAAGCUCGAAGGCAAGUAUCAGGCCAGCUCCAAUCGAGCAUGGCACUCCUCUUCUUCCUUAUGUGCCACGGUACCCGCCGCCUCCUGGUCAGCCUAAGGAUGCGCAUUCUGCUCAGUCUGCUGCCGCUCCUGUCGCUUAG